AUAAAUAUUGUGCACCACUUCUGCAUUUGGCGGGCAUUCGGGUCAGUGUUGUGGUGACCGAAGAGGAGGGUCAGGCGCGCGACCUCAUGGAGAUCAUGGACAACACGGACGCCGUGUUGAUCGCCGGCGGCAACGGCACAGUUCACGAAGUGGUGACCGGUCUGUUGCGGCGCACAGACGGCCGCCCGGGUGUCCAUCAGUACCCGAUCGGUAUACUGCCGGUCGGCCGCCGCAAUACCAUCGCUGUCAACGUGAAUGGUGUCCGCGACAAACACCUCAAGCCUUACGAACUGUUAGCCGAGUGCACCCUCUCUGCCAUCCGUGAAGUGUUAAAACCGGUGGAUGUGAUGAGAAUUGAGGGCACGAAAGGCCGGCCGGUGUUCGCGUUGGAAGAGUUCAACUGCGGCCGACUUCGGGACACACUGUCUGUGGCCGACGGGUACUGGUAUUUGGGCGCUUAUCUCAAGCCGUAUUUGGCUUUCGCUUUCAAUACGCUUAGAAGACUGACGGCAGUGGAAGGGGUGAGCAUAUCGUACAGCAAUUCCUGUGACGGAUGCUCUAAAUGCUACCAACGCUACGAACGUGAGGCCCCGGGAGGUGUUGGGCUGGCGGAGGGGCCGACCCGUUGGUGGCACGUAUUUAUGCCACGAAAGGGCGCCGACACUCGCGGCCCGACUCAACCGAAGCGUGACUUAAAGGCUAUCCAUAACUCGGAGUGCGGCCAGUGGUCAACGCUGGCCGAGACGGGCGCCGACAACGUCCUCAUCCAGAAUACAAAUGAAUCCAAACUGAAGCUAAUUAUUCACAGCCAGCCCUCAGCGCACCGGCAAUUCAUAAACGAUGGGUGCGUUUAUCUCAAUGCCGAGCCGUUGGCUGUGGAGGGGAUGAGUCCCGGCGUACAACUGAUCGAAGCGAUGGAUAUUAAUAUAGAUUUGGCCGAAGAUAAGAGUGGCGGCAACGAUGGCAACGACGACCAGACAGUUGUCGAUCAAACGAUGGAUCAA